UCCAUUGCGAUCAGCAAACCCAGACAUAGAGAUAAAUCACCCUCCCGUUCUCGCUCCUCCACCGCCACCGGCAACUCUCAACAUGAACAAACCCGGCCCAUCAAUCUUCAAGCAAAUUGAGAAGCAAAUGCGGCAACGCCCACCAAAUGUCACUACAACACCGCGACGUCCAAAAAUGGCCCAGGUGGAGGUGGUGCCACCACCACGACCAUUUGCUGUCCAGUUUCGCCUCGGGCUUAGUAAUUUAUCUGCCACCGGGACCUUUUUUGACUACGAACACCGACACGUCCUACGUGUGACCAUUGUUCGGAGCCUCUUCGACCGCGUCCUCAUUGCGAUCCUUCUCCUCCUCCCCUUGAUACUCCAGUCUUUCUUUAAGAAAAUCUGGCCGGGCUACUUCCUUCCCUCGACAGUGGUAUUAAAGAAACUCAAACCAGAUUGGGACGAUGAAUUCGAGAAUGAAAAAUACAUAUAUAAACGCCUAGAGUAUCAGCAGGGGCGCUUGGUACCCGUAUUGUAUGGGGAAGGGCGAUGCGACGAGACUCGUGUUUUGAUUCUCUCCUAUAUCGAUGGCGUUCGCCCAUUUGAGCAGAAACCCCCUGUGCUAAGACGUGAAGAUUUUAAGCAACGACUGGAGGCGGCUUAUCAAGAGCUUGGUGUGCUUGGCCUCUCGCACGAUGACCCCAAGCUGGAUAAUUUUCUGAUUGUUGAUGACAGAAUUGCAUUGGUGGACUUGGAAUCUGUUGCUGACCCUGGCUCUGACUUGGAGCAUGUGAUUAGCUCAUAUGUGCUACAUGUUAUGGACCAAUAUGACUCGUUCCUGAAGCGGCAGGCUUGA